AUGGCUGAUGGCAGCUUACCUGCUGUCGAUUUCAGUGAUGGCAGGGGGUCCAUCCCCGACUCGGAGCACAAGAGUCUCACCAACAUUCACCCGAAAGGCUUUUUCAUACGACACCCUCCUGCGCCCCAUAAACUUGACGAGGAUCUGACACCAGAAUCUAAGUUAUUUCAGACUAUUCACAUGGGGGCCGCCGUCGUGGAUGCCAGUCGCUGGACGCUCAUUGUAGACGGGCUUGUCGAGCGCCCUUUUUCCAUCAAUAUUGAACAACUACGACAGAUGCCGUCCCAGACAGUCACAUCUUUCCAUGAGUGCUAUGGCAGUCCCAUUAAUCCUCCAACGAAAAAUGUUUGGCGCAUCGGCAAUGUUCAAUGGACCGGGGUUCCGCUGCGGUAUCUGCUGUCAAUUGCUCGGCCAGAUCUCGAGCGAGGGUUGUUCGUUUGGUCCGAUGGGCUGGACUCGGGUACAUUUGCCGGUGUCACAACAGAUAGGUACCAAAAGGACCUACCCAUUGAGAAAGCCUUAUCAUGCGAGGUUCUUGUGGCUUACGAGAUGAAUGGCCAAUCGUUGACUAAGGAGCGCGGUGGGCCGGUGAGGUUAGUUGUUCCAGGAUGGUUUGGGACAAACUCCACCAAAUGGUUGUGUCGAUUGUCUGUGCAGACAACACGAUCAAUGGGACCAUUCACGACAGUCUUUUAUAAUGAGCUUGAUCCAUCGGACUCUGAAGGCAUCAGGAGAAGACCCGUGUGGAGGGUUGAGCCAAAUUCGAUGAUAGUCCGCCCUCGUCCGGACGAAGUAGUCCUUGGUCCCGGGUACGUUGAGGGUUGGGGACGCGCAUGGGGGGAAGACGAGAUUUCGCGGGUUGAAAUCAGUCUCGAUGGAAACACUUGGAAGGAGGCAAAUGUGGCACUGCGGAAGCAGUUCGAGUGGCAGCUAUUUACCUUCCGAGUGCAGGUUGACCGAUCGGGUAGGUAUCACAUUCAAGCAAGGGCCCCGGAUAUAUCUGGCGCACAGCAGCCACUCACCGGGAGACGAAAUCAUGUGCCAACUGUGCAGAUAUGGGUAGAAUCUGAUUCCCCUAAGAAAAGCAUACCGCGUGGCAAUGGAAGUAGAUGA